AUGGCCCCGGCAACUCUGGCUGCUUCUGCAAUCGCACUGCUCUCCCUUGCGGGAAGCAGUGCCGCCAUACCCGGCUCCUCCAGCACUUCUGCGGUUCCAAGUUCAAGCUCAACACCCGCCGCUCCAACAGGAACCUCCUAUCCGUCUGGCUUUGACAUUACAAAGAGCUGGGGAAAUCUCAGUCCGUAUGCAGAUGCACCAGACUUCAGCAUACCAAGUGGCUCCCCCGAAAGGUGCGAGCUGUCCCAGGUGCACAUCCUGCACCGGCAUGCGCAACGAUAUGCGACGGAUUAUCCACUGGACGGGGGAUCAAUGGAACUGUUUGUAUCUGCGCUGAAGAAUGCCUCGAAGAAACACCCGCAUACCAAAAUUGGUACCGGCCCGCUUGCCUUCUUAAACAACUGGGAUUACUUGUUGGGCUUGGAGGACCUGCUCCCCAGCGGCGCUGCGACUGAGGCAGCCUCUGGUGCAAGGUUCUGGAGCCAGUAUGGGCGGCUGCUGUAUGGGGCCUCUGCAGGCCAGGCGAACUGGGAUGCGGAGUUGAAUGUGUUCCCGGAUGGUACGCCUCGCCCGAAGCCCAAGUUUCGCACUACCGAUUACCCUCGCAUCCUGGAGAGUGCUCGCUGGUGGUCAAGUGGGUUCUUCGCCAACACUGGAGGUAACGGCUCUUAUGCGCAGUAUGACCUCGUCCUCACUCCCGAGAAGAGCGGCUUCAACAAUACCCUUUCGCCAACAAGUACGUGUGAAAAGGGCCUAGACGAGGGUGAAGACAGAGCCGCCGAAUUCCUCCCGGCAAUGGUCAAGAAUGCCGCUGAACGCUUCGCUGCCUACCUACCUGGUGAUUUCUUCUCGAGGGACAAACAAACCGCUGGGUUAGAAGUGCUAGGCAUGUUCAAUAUGUGUCCAUACGAGUACGCCACGCUAGGCAGCUCAUCCUUCUGUACUCUGUUCACGGAACAAGAGUGGCGCGACUUUGAGUACUUCCUGGACCUCCAAUUCUACGACAUGUACGGCCUUGGUUCUCCCAGCGGCCGUGCGCAGGGCAUUGGCUAUGUGCAGGAGCUGGCGGCGCGGUUACAGAACAAAUUGAUCGACACCAGCGAGAGCAGCAUCAACUCCACAUACGAUGGUAACAAAGAUACCUUCCCACUCAACCAGCCUCUCUUCAUGGACAUGUCGCACGACGACGUCAUCGUCUCCGUUCUUGCAGCGCUAGGUCUGGACUACUUCAAGUAUAGCCCACAGGGCAUGCCUUCUACCGUCUCGCAUGCACCUGAGCGCCACUUCAAACUGAACGAAUUAACUCCCUUUGGAGCCCGCCUGGUUUCCGAGAUCUGGACUUGUCCUAAGGACACAUCGUUCCAUGAUCUCCAGGCGCAGAUGUACAAGAACCCGGAUCUUACUUCCCAGUCUGAUACGCAGCAGUACAUCCGGUUUGUGCUUAACAAUGCGCCCCUUCCACUGGAUGGUCUCUCGGCUUGCAAUGGCUCCGUUAAUGGUUUCUGUCCUUUGAAGAGCUUCCUUGGGGAGGUUCCUGAGCUUACCAAACAGGCGGCGUACCAGGAGGCCUGUUUCGGCAAUUAUAAUGCCAGUAUCCCUGUUGGGGAUGGGAAGCCACCAUCGGCAUAG